GAAAGCACACAAAGGGCGAGUACCUGUUCGUACGGGUGGCUCGACUAAGGGCAACACAAUUGUUUAUGGCGAUUACGGCUUACGCGUGAAGGAUGGGGUUCGUUUGUCUUCGAGUCAACUCACAGCGGCUUGGCAAGCCAUCAAGCGCAAAAUAAAAGUCAUUAAGGGCUCGCAAGUAUGGAUGCGCGUAUUUCCAGAUAUUCCUGUUACGAGUAAAGGAAACGAAACCAGGAUGGGAAAAGGGAAAGGUUCAUUAGAAUACUGGGCAUGCAGAGUUCCUUUGAAUAAAAUUGUAUUUGAAGUAGGGGGUGGAGGUAUUCGAAAAGAAGUUGCUAAGGAUGCAUUGAGAUUAGCAUCAGACAAAUUGCCCGUAAAAACAGAAUUUGUGGAAAGCCCGAAAAUCAUCGUCCCUGGUAG